GCGAGCGCGCCGGGCCGUUAGCGGCGCGAGGCUGCCGAGGUGAGAGCGGCGGCGCUGCCGGCGGAGCCGCGCGCCCGACGGGCCGGGACUCGCGGGGCCUCCCGCCUCGCUCAGGGCUGUGGGCCGCCGUGGCGGCCGCCGGGGACCGCAAGGGGCGGAGGAGAGGAGGAGGAGGCCGAGCGCGGCCCGCCGACGAACAGCCGAGCAUGCCCCGAGACAACAUGGCCUCCCUCAUCCAGCGGAUCGCCCGCCAGGCGUGCCUCACCUUCCGGGGCAGCGGGGGCGGCCGCAACGCUGCAGCCGAGCGGGGCGCCGCUUCGGGCCCCGAGGCGCCGCUGUCCCCCGGCUUCCCCGAGAACCUGAGCAAGCUGCAGAGCCUGCUGACCGAGAUCCGAGCCGAGGACCUGAACAUCGCCCCGCGCAAGGCCACUCGGCAGCCGCUGCCGCCCAACCUGCCGCCCGUCACCUACAUGCACAUCUACGAGACGGACGGCUUCAGCCUGGGCGUGUUCCUGCUCAAGAGCGGCACGUCCAUCCCGCUGCACGACCACCCGGGCAUGCACGGGAUGCUCAAGGUGCUCUACGGCACGCUGCGCAUCAGCUGCCUGGACAAGCUGGAGGCUGCGGGCGGCCAGCGGCCGCGGGCCCCACCGCCCGAACAGCAGUUCGAGCCGCCGCUGCAGGCCCGGGAGCGGGACGCUUUGCGGCCGGGAGUGCUCCGCUCGCGGGCCGAGUACACCGCGGCCAGCGGCACCUGCCUGCUGACCCCGCACCGGGACAACUUGCACCAGAUUGACGCCGUGGACGGGCCAGCCGCCUUCCUGGACAUCCUCGCCCCUCCCUACGAUCCGGACGACGGCCGGGAUUGCCACUAUUAUCGAGUGCUGGAGCCCGUCCGACCCCAGGAGUCCCCUGCCUCGGCCUGUGACCUGCCCCGAGAGGUGUGGCUCCUGGAGACCCCGCAGGCCGAUGACUUCUGGUGCGAGGGAGAGCCCUAUCCAGGACCCAAAGUCUUCCCUUGAAGCCGCCGCGCCCCAGGAACCAUGGGCCGAAGAGGUCCCCCUUCGCAGUGGGGGGACUGGUCACUGCGACCCACCACAAGGGCUCUCUUCCUCUUUCUCUCUCGCUCGCUCUCUUAACACCCCUCCAUCUCCCCAAGCCCGGGCGUUGGAUCUACUGGAAUGAGCAAAAGCCACUUCCUUGGGAGCACGGGCGCCUGGACAGCCGCCACCGGGCACGGUUAUGGGGGCGGAGUGGGCGGGCGGCUGGGCUGUUUCCUGGCUUUGAUUUGUGGGGAGGAGGGCCGGGGACGCGGAGCGCCUCCAUCCUAAAGCCAUACUGAAUUGUGCGUCUCCCGUCCCCGUUCUGUGGCUGCCACACUCAUGGUUCCCCUCUCUACUCCGGCCCCUCAACCUCCACAGAGGGCAUUUUCACUCCUGUCCUAGUCCUUAGAGGUUUAACUUAAACUGUGCAUGACCCAGUGGUUUGAAUUGUUUUUAGUUCAAGUCAUUGGUUGAAAGGUUUUAAAGACAUGAGCUCCUUUCACACUGAGCUGGCUAUCCUCGUUAUGGACUCGUGGGAAUGCUCAUUCCCCACCUCCCCCCGCCACAAUUUGGGGCCCAUCCUUACUACAUAACUAUGCAUGCAGAGGACAAGAUGUCUUUGUUCCCCUUGUCCGCUGGCCACGGGCUGGUUCACUCAGGCAGCACCCACUACAAAAAAUUCACCACCUGCAACCCUGGGUGACACAGUGUCACUUGGAGCCUCCUUCCUCCCCCACACCCACCCCCAGGCCCAGAUCUGUGGGCCGAGCAGAUUGUUCAUUGCAAAUCCACUUCUCGUGCAAAGAUUGUAGUAUCCUCAAGUGACUUUUUUCCCCCUUGUUUUAGUUACUUUAAAGAAGUGAUAGGGUAAUUCUUUAUCUAACCAGGAGAUUCAGAGGAGCUUCCACAUGACUGAAUGUAAAACACCCCUAGCCAGCUGUUGAAUUCCAUUUACUUUUGACAUCUUCCAGUUUAAAAAAAAAAAAAAAAAAGACUACUUUGAUGACUGUUUCACAUUUCUCUCAGGAACUCUUUGCGUUCCGGGAAGCUGGGAGAUCCAGCAAGCCAUGUCGCUGGCAGCGUUAGCUCAGCCCUGCCCCUCAGCUGGCGCGAGCCAGGAGGGCUUGCUUCGCUUCGUCCAGUGUGGUCUUCCCUAGUGAGGGAGAGAAGAAGCAGAUGGUCAGGGCUGGAGAACUGAGUGCUAACUCUGCCACUGGCCAUCCCAGGGCCCCAAUGUGAGGAAGGGACACUUCCUCUCCCACCUGAAACGAGCAGGUGUGCCGUAACUGAUGUACUUCUGUCCUUUUAUAGGGUGAGCAGCUUCCUUUGGUGUAGCAGUAAUACUGAUCCCACUUAUUUCAGGCCCUGGAGCACUGCUUCCCUCCUUUUUACUAUUUAUAGGAUCUCCUUUCCUUCCCCCCCCCCCUUUUUUUGCCACAAAACUUUUAACAAAAUGAAACUGUAGAAAUAAAUAUAUUCAAAUCUGCCCAUCUGUUGUGUAAGCCCUCUUGAUUGACUUGCCCAGGUGGCAAUUGAGUGCUACUAUCUUAUCAAGGGAGAUCAGCUAGUCCUGGGGAAAUAGUCUCCCUCCAAGGAUAGUUUAUGCCUUUGCCUUUUUGUGCACACUGGGUGGCAGAGUCCUAGGGGGAAGGAUGGUUCUGUUCUCAAUUUUUGAAACAGUAUGUAGAAGCAAAUUAUUAUUAACAAAUGAUACAACAUGUUACUAUGCUGUAAAACCUAACACAGGCAUGAUACCAAACAUUUCCUCCAGAGUUGCUAAAAUUGUUUUAUCAUAGUUUCACUUUAAGGUGUGGUCUAAAUGCCCUGGAGGCAAUUUGGAACAGCCCUUUAUGUUACUCAGUUUGGAAGUGGACUCCAGAAAUGCAAAUGGUGGUUUUCUUAGAAAAUUUCUUGCAAUAAAAAUCUUUUCUUCAUAGCACAGUAAGGCAUGUGUGGGUACCAACCAUAUAUUCACCUUAGAAAACGUUGGUCAACUUAGAAGGAUUGUCAACAUUGAUGUAUGUGUUAUAAUGAAACAAUCUGGGAUAUUUCAAAGCACCUGGCAAAAACGUCUUGGUGAUAGAACAAUGAUGAAAAACUUCACUAUGAAAACAUUUUAAAAGGUCUUGACCAUAAGCAAUUUGGAAAGAAAAAAAAAAAAAACAACGAAGGUGCUUUUCAAAAGAAUAACUGAAAUUGAAUCCAUAACAGCAAUAUCUCUGUUGUUCAGUUAGAAGACAGAAAUGUUUGGUUCACUAAUAAAUUCUAAGUAAAUUACUGGUAACAAUAAAAUGCAACUUGUCCUAGGGAGCCACUAAGCAAGACUAUACUUACUACAAAGACAAAUGUGCACAGAACAACUUGCACCUCUAUGCAUAAGCUGUUAUCAUGACUGACUCUAUUGCUGCUAUUGUAUUUCCAUAUAGUUCGCAAUAUAAGUUCCGUUUCAGCAACUGCAGCGGAAUAAAAGAUCUUACCACAGGAAAGACCCAAUGAGCACAAACAGUUAAUCACUUAACUUUCCUGUAGAAUAAUAAAUGCAAUAAUUGCCUCUCAUGGUGAGAAAUUGUAUAAAUUCUUCUGAAGCUUUUUAAAUUUUCUAGCUGAUGUCAGUGCAGUAUUGUAUAGCUACCUACUACUUGUAUGAGAUUGAUUUUUUACUAAAUCUGAUCUGAAUGGAUUGAGUUUGUACCAACUGCUGUUUAUUAAUGAAAAUGGUAGCCUGAUGUUCUCAGUACAGUGUGUUUUGUCCAUAGGAGUGGAUGUUUAUUCCAGAUGACCCUGAAUCCUGUGCUUUUCACACUACCGCGCGGCAAAGAAGUGUCCACCCCGGAGUUCUGUCCAUUGCUGUUCCCCUCCGACCCAAGGGCAGUUCUACUCCUGUAACUGCAGUCUGUUUCCACACAGAAACUGACCACUGGUCACUUCCAUGACAAUGAUGCAUCUGCUAUCAGAGAAGGAAAGCAUUUAUUAAGCCCCUUACGAAUCUGAAUAUUCAAGUUCAGGAAUGUUAACAUUUCUUGAAAAUCAGUGUAACACUAAUGGAAAAUAAAUGCAUGCUUAAAAAUGUUUA